AUGUCAUUCAUAUCAAUAAGAGGGUUUAUGUCCUCGCUGCGUUGUUGCAAAAGGAGUCCAAACGUUUUGAGAUCAGUGAAUACCAGAGUACCUGUGCAAUUGCUUCAAGAUGUUGAAGACGUUGGUGUUAGAGGCCAGAUUGUGCGGGUCAAGCCUGGAUUUAUGAGAAACUUUUUGCAUGUCGACAAUAAGGCCUGCUAUAUAACGGAGAAUAGCCCUCCAAGGAUACCUAUUGUUGACAUAAAUGAACUUAGGGAACAAAGAAGAUUGAGACAAAAAGAGUUAGCCAAGCAACGUAAAAAGGAAGAACAACUCCAGGAUGCAACAAAAUCAGUCGUGAAUGAGGAAGUAGUGGAUGACGCAGAAGGUGUGUUGUCUCAAGAUGAGCUUUCCCAGUUCUUUAGUGGAUUGACUAAAACUUCUAAAACGUCUGCCGAGAUAUUCUCAUCCGAUAUCGAAAUUACCGACAAUGAAGCUGAACUUUUCACCUUGAAGUCAGACAAUAUGGGAGAAAAAAUACCCAAGGUUGUUAACAUGUAUACUUCCAAAUAUACCUUGCCUUUGGACGGAACAGUUGUGGCCAAGCACCUUACCGAAAUUGGUGGAGAGGAGGUUUCGCCGUUGUCGGUGAAAUUGAGUUACGAAGAUACCCCAGAGGAAGUUUUGAGUGCUAUCACGCAAGCAGGAAGAUACUUGGUAACGCUUGAAACAGGUAAGGAUGGCCGUAAAAUCAGCAGGGUCUUGGAAGUAGAGUAA